UUUGAAGUUCUAAUGAAAGGAUGAUUCGUUGGCGCCGCCGCAGUUUUUGAAGCCUCGAUUAUCUUGUCCAAGGCCUCUCUGCCUUCAAGUCCAGCGAUAAGCCCCACAUUCCUUAUCGCACUGGGGUCCGAGCUGGGGUGCCCCUCCACUGACUGCUACGCUUCCUGGACCUCUCUCCAAGCUCUCUCGACAGCUCCCUUCUCCCGUCAACAUUUGUCUGAAGGCUUGCUGUUGAUAUAUAUGUCAGUUUGCAGUCAACGACUCCCCUCACACAGCCGAGGAAUAUCGCUCAAGCUAGUGCUGGCAUUCGCUUGGACGCGUUGGCAGGUGUCAGGCACAUGACGACAGAGCAUCACCCGCCUCCUUCAUCAUCGCGAAUGGGAGUUGACUGAGAUAAGCCGACCGAUCCUCCCCGAGGCUCCAGAUUUGCCCCUCGUACGAUCCUAAAAUCUGCCCUUUAGCAUCGUGGCGUUAUACUUUUGUUUCUUAUUGCUCCAAACUCACAGGCAUUCUUACUUUCAUUUCUUGGCCUUGAUGAGCAGCCUAGCUGGUGAACUUGUAAACCCCAAAUCCACUUCGACGCGGUAACUCUCUCGAACAGACGUCAGCCCAUCGCCAUACACGAGAGCGAAAGCACCGCGAGUCAAGACUAUAACGUCGAGCGAAGUGGGAUACAGAAAGUGGACGCGACAAACCCCCAAAUUUAUUCGUUCAAUCGACACUGGUUAUUCUUCGCAUGUGCUGCUGAGCAGCAGGAAUGGCUACACGAGGCUACGGCUCGGCCCACGCCCCCAUCGAGCUCAGCAGCGAUUCUGGUUCCGACGGAGGUUCGUCCGUGAGCGGCAGCGACUACAUAGAAAGACAGGACCAAGGGAGACAGGCUCACACUGCCGCGUGCGAGUGGCGGACAGCAAGAUUCCACGAUCGGGAAUGCUCACGCUACUGGGAUUGUCCGUCGCAUGCUGUUGAGCGCGCGCUCUCUGAACAUCGUCAGGAAGAGGCACAGGGGCGAGGCGGAGAUCACGAUAUGGAUGACGGCGAAGAGAGACCUGAUCCUGGGGCUGUCUCGCCUCUGAGUGAGGAUGAUGAGCCUGACCGUGGAGCUGAGGGUAACACAAGGCCGAGGUCUCCGUCUCCAGAGGUGCCGGCAUCCGAGGCUCUGCCGGCUGCCAGAAACUUGAGAACUGAAGUGCCUAACGAUUCCGGGUAUUCGAAUGAACAACGCACAGCAUCUGGGGCGAGUGCAGAAAAUCCAAUCAUUGUGGUUAGCAGUCCUGCGACUGCCUUCCGGAGACAACCCAGGUUCUCAGAGUCAGCGCCAGGGCUGUCAAGGACAGAACCAAGGCGGACAAGAGACGGUUACACUAGCGUAUUCCAGGAACAGGAUGCGAGUUCAGGUUCCUCCGGUGCUGCCACCCCGAGGCACCAACCCCUUCUGCCUUCUCGUGGGGAUCCUAGCGGCGAGUUGAUACUGCCAAGAUGGCAGCCAGACGCUGAAGUGACCUACUGCCCUAUAUGCAACGCUCAGUUCAGCAUAUUUGUUAGAAAACAUCAUUGCCGCAAAUGUGGGCGUGUUGUUUGCGCUUCAUGCUCCCCGCACCGCAUCACGAUACCCUACCAGUAUAUUGUUCAACCUCCUGGCGCUCCCCGUAUAUUCCCGCAAGGAGCCGCGAUGCCGCCUUCGGACCGCGACGGAUGGUAUCCAAGUCUGAGUGGUGGUGAAAGAGUGAGACUGUGCAAUCCGUGUGUGCCAGACCCCAACACCACUCCACCGCAAGCCUUGGGAGCGGACAACGGAAAUGCAGACACAGCAGAAGGCACCAGCCCUGGUUCGAACCGGUGGAGCUUCUAUUUUGGCGGCGCUCAGCCUGCACCUACAAGCACCACUCAUGCUAGAAGCAGGAGCGUCACGAUGCCGCAGCAGCCAGGUGCGCCAUCAUCCUCACGUCCGCAGAACCUCGCCUACUCGCAAGACACACUGAACCGGAUUCUCUCUGGCACCCCGCCGGUCUACUUUCCUGCCGCCAGCGGAUCAAGUUCCCGUCGUCAUCGACCAUAUCCGGGACCGCAGCGCUACCAGUCUAUGUUGAACAUGGAGGGAUCAUCUUCUACCGUCAUGGCUGGCCCGUCAGACCACCAUCCUCACAGCUCAAGACAGCUCCCUGCCGCCCCUCAAAUUGCCGAAGAAGACGAAUGCCCUGUUUGCCACCGUGAACUACCGCCUCGAACUCUCCCCAACUAUGAAGCCGUGCGGGAGGCCCACAUCAACAUGUGCAUCACCUCACACAGCGCAUACGGCGGGACAAGCAGUGCUCCGCCAGGAGAGAACCCGUUACCGCCACCGCCGCCUAGAAGGACGGGGAUGUUUCCGUACACGGCCACAGAGAAGGACUGCGUGGACUCGGCUGAGUGUUCCAUCUGUCUGGAAGAGUUUGAAGUGGGUGUUGCGAUGGCGAGGCUGGAGUGCUUGUGCCGGUUCCACAGGGCGUGCAUUGGGGCUUGGUGGGAGAGGCACCCGGGACGGUGUCCGAUGCAUUCGCACGAUGGUUUUGGGUAUUAA